AUGCUGCUGCCGUCGUGGUCCUUGUCGAUAUUGCUCCCUCUCCUUCCCUUUGUUCAUUCCUCCUUCUACGACAAUCCGGAACUCGAGAUCCCGCCUGAGUCCGGUAGUCCGCUGGAUGAAUUGAAAGCGAAAUGGGACUUUGAUUGGGGAUUCUCGGGAAUAUCAACAUUCGCUCAUCUCAGGCAUGUAAAAUGCCUGACCACCCCGUACGAGCCGUUCGAUAUCGGCAUCAUUGGCGCCCCGUAUGACACAGCAGAGAAGAAGAAGAAGAAGAAGAAGAAGAAGAAGAAGACAGAAAGAACAUGCGCCCGCUUCGGCCCUCGUGCCAUCCGUGCCGCCUCUGCUCGCCAGACUUCCUUCCGAGGCUUCAACCACCGCGCACACAUCAAUCCGUACACGUCCUGGCCUCUGGUCCUCGACUGUGGAGACAUCCCCAUCACGCCUUUUGACAACGCAUUGGCGCUACACCAGAUGACCUCGGCGUACCUGGAGCUGCUGUCUCGCCGACCGCUGAGCUACAAGAACCCGGAGAGCCACGAGCACCCGAAGCUGAUCACCCUGGGUGGAGACCACUCGAUCGCCCUCCCGGCCCUGCGCGCGCUGGAGAAGAUCUACAAGCAGCCCAUCGCGGUGUUGCAUUUCGACGCGCACCUCGACACCUGGCACCCCGGUGCGUACCCGAGCGCGUGGGCCGAGACGCCCACGCAGGCCGACUUCACGCACGGGACCAUGUUCUGGAUCGCGUCACAGGAAGGGCUCAUCAACAACGGGUCGUCGGUGCACGCGGGCCUGCGGACGCGGCUCCUGGGCGACGACUUCCACGACUACGCCGACGACGAGUGCCAGGGGUUCCUGCGCAUCGAGUCCGACGACAUCGACGCCGUCGGCGUCAAGGGCAUCAUCGACCUGAUCAUGGACCGGAUGGGCACCUCCAUGCCUGUCUACCUCUCCGUGGACAUUGACGUCAUCGACCCCGGUCUGGCCCCUGGCACCGGCACGCCGGAGCCCGGCGGCUGGACCACGCGCGAACUCAUCCAGAUCCUCCGCGGCGUUGAGGGCCUGAACCUCGUCGGCGCCGACGUCGUCGAGGUGAGCCCCGCGUACGAGGCGGGCCACGGCGAAGCCACCGCGCUGGCCGGCGCGCAGGUCGCGUACGAGAUCCUCACGAGCAUGGUCAAGCGCGGACUCAAGGACCGCGGCGAGGACGUGGUCAUUGAGAAACCCGGCAGGAAGAUCGCCGCCAAGCACGGUUUUGCGGCCAAGGCCCAAGAGGUUCUGAGAGAUGAGUUGUGA